AUGAACAAAGGGUGCGGAUUUGGUGGUACCGAUCGAGGAAGAUGGCGAGGACGUGGUCGUGGCACUGAGCAUCAAAAUAGUGCGGGAGGCACUAGCAACACUAGAAAUGGCACUCGUGAUAAAAGUCAAAUUAAGUGUUUCACUUGCAACAAGAUGAGACAUUACGCAUCGGAAUGUCGUGGAAAAGGUCGUGACGACGAAGCUCAUCUAACUUGUGUCACCGAAGAAGAACUAGCUUCGAUGAUGGUCGUGUCCCAGGAGGGGACACACACUAGAUGUGAUCAGGAGAAUGCCAUACUACUCAGGAAAGAGCGGUUGUUGCCAGAGAUGUAUUACAACGACAAGAAUGGAGAAAAUAAUGGUGUUUGGUAUCUUGACAACGGUGCUAGUAACCACAUGACUGGCCACCGUGAGAAGUUCAUAGAAUUAGAUAAAAGCUUCACUGGGAGGGUGAAGUUUGGCGAUGGAUUAAUCAUUCAGUUCAUGGAAAAAGGAAUGGUCAUGUUCGAGUGCAAGAACGGUGAUCAAAAGGCUCUCCAAGAGGUGUAUUACAUUCCAAAGUUAUGUAGUAACAUCAUAAGCCUCGGGCAAAUGACAGAAAAUGGAAACAAGGUGCAGAUGACAGAAGAUGUCAUGAAAGUGUCUGACAGGAGUGGAAAGCUUUUGAUGUCGGUGAAGCGAACUCAAAAUUGUUUGUACAAGAUAACUUUGAAGACACUCAAGCAAGUCUGCCUUCUAACAAGCCUAGAAGAUCCAACAUGGUUAUGGCACGUGAGACUUGGCCAUGUAAAUUUUCAUGACUUGAAGCUCAUGGGGGAGAAGAAAUUGGUAGUUGGAGUACCACUAGUGACUCAACCGAACAAGUUAUGUGUAGCGUGCAUGAUUACCAAACAAGCCAAAUUGCCUCUUAGUUAA